AAUGUUUCCCGUCGUGUCCGUCCCAUACACGGGAGCAGAGAGGUGCAGGGUUUAGACAGCUCCAGGCAACCGCAGUGCAGCAAGUCCUCCCACCAGCCCCAAGAGAGCCGCCGGAUCCGGAGGUGAUCACAGGAGGCCACAGCUUCUGCACCUUUUUAGGAAGGACGAAAAAACGAAAAUGACACGUACUGGACGACCGUCACUGUUCCUGAUCCACUCAGGAGUCGUGAUAGCGAUCGUUUUGUUAUCAGACUUUCUGGGGGCCGUUCCUGUGGAGCAGCACAAACAGGAGGAAGUGACUGCGGUGUCUGACGAUGUGAAAACCGAGGCCAUGGCCAACCUGAAAAAUCUGGUUCGCAACAAAAGGAACGCUGCCGUCUUAGCUGUGCCCCAGUUCAAACGUUUGCCUGACUUCUGGGGAUGGUACAAGUACUUCAUGGACAGCCACAACCAGGAGGGAGUCGAGGACCUGGACCGUCUGUACAUGGCCUACCUGCAGAACAAGCACAGGUCAGAGGAGGGACCCACCUUCAACCACUACCUCAAGCACCUGAGCGAAAUCUACAAGACCUGCGCCGACUCUGACGACCCAGAGUGCAUCGCCGAGUUCACUAGCAAGCCGAAGGCGGCCGUGGUGAUGCCUGCCCCCAUCAAGUCUGCUGCCGUCAGGCUGUGCAACCCCUACCUCGACCCCUACUGCCUCUUCCCCCUGGUCCCCAAGGCUGCCAUUCCAGAGCCUGCGCCAGCUCCCGUCAAGGUGCCAGCUCCUAUCCUCACCCCGAUGCUGCCCAUGCCAAUGAAGAGCCACGCGGGUUUCUACUACUACGCCCCCGUCCUGGAGCCCUUCCUGAGCGCCGAGCAGAAGACCGAGCUGCUGAGAAUCUGCAACCCCGAAGACGUGGAGUGCCUGCAGUACCACCUGAGAGCAGCGUACGGCUACCGCCCGGCUCCCGGUCCGGCUCCGUCCUAUGCUGCCCUCAAAUGCGACCCUAGGGACCCCUACUGCAAGCCCCUCCUGGUCCAGAAGGCUCCCACCGGCUUCUACCACCUGAUGUAUCCCGGCUGUGACCCAGCGAUGGAUCCUCUGUGUGUGAGCAACGUCGCGGCUCCCCUGGCCGCUGAGGAGGCCCCGAAAGAGCAGCAGUGCAACCCUCUCUUCGACGCAGGCUGCAACCCCCUGACUGCCACCAAGCUGUCCGGUCUCACCAAGCCCGUCCUGGAGUACGCCCCCAACGACGAGCCUGCGCCUCCCGCUGCUCCUCUGUCCUGCGACCCUCAGAAUGACCCGUUCUGCAUAUUGGCAGCCGCCGCUGCCCUGCGCAAGCCCGCUCCACAGAUCCCCGAGCACCAGGUUCGCUACAACCUCGGCGUCCGUGGCAAGACCAAGGAGGGCCACGACUGCUAUGUGCACUAUGACAAAGACUGCACCCCGGUCAAGUCCGGCCCCAAGGCCAAAGCCGACAUCAGGGCUCCAGCCAAGCCCUUCUGCCAUCCGUACGAUCCCAACUGUGGCAAGUUUGCUUCACCCUCCGGUGCUGAACCCCCUAAGGAUGGCGUAAUCCUGCCCGAUCCUGACUGCGACCCCGAGUACGACUUCAACUGCCGCCUGCGACGCGCUGAGCCUGCCGCCGCUGCCGCUGAUGAGCCUGCUGCAGAUGAACCAGCCAAGGAGGCGCCUGCUGCUGCUGCUGUCCCUAACUUUGAAGAUUUCCUCAGGGGCGUCAUGAGGCAGCACAAAUAGAUUUUAGAAAAACCAACGGCUGCCUGCUAAUCUAACCGGUGAAAACUGAGCUUACUCCACAAGUCUCUGAUCUUUAUGGACCAUCAUGGACCUAUGUGUGGGCGAUGAACAUCAUCACCGCCCGUACAAACCUGUCAAAACGAAUUCAGCUUCCUAAACAAUAAAUUCGAUUUUUCCCAGAGAAUCUGAAGGUUUCCUAGUCUGUUUGGUCUGUUUUCAUCAAGCAGGUCAAACGAGCAACAGAAAACAUUACGUGAAACUUGUUCAUCAUUUACUCCAUGUGUGUACGUUUGUAGAAAAAUAAAGUCGUAUGUAUAGAUGUGUGAUAGCGUUAGUCUGAAUUUGCAGUAGCUGGCGAGAUUUUCCCUCUGUUGUACAUUCUUUUUACCCGGGCGUGUAUUUAACGUUGUUUUACACAGCUUCCUGUAGCUCUACGCCUUGUAAUGCCUCAUCUGUUUAGAAGUUUUUUGAAGUUCUAAAUAAAAUUAAAAAAAUAGA